AUGGUGAUGGUUGCAAGAAAUCUGAGUGUGGAGACAACCUUUGCCCUCUUAGGGUUCACAGAUUACCCAGAGCUUCAGGUUCCCCUCUUCCUCGUGUUUCUGAUCAUGUACAUCAUCACUGUGGUUGGAAACCUUGGGAUGAUAGCAAUCAUUAAAAUUAACCCCAAAUUUCACACCCCCAUGUACUUUUUCCUUAGUCACCUCUCUUUUGUUGAUUUUUGUUACUCCUCCAUUGUCACUCCCAAGCUGCUUGAGAACUUGGUCAUGGCAGACAAAAGCAUCUUCUACUUCAGCUGCAUGCUGCAGUACUUCCUGUCCUGCACUGCGGUGGUGACAGAGUCCUUCUUGCUGGCAGUCAUGGCCUAUGACCGUUUUGUGGCCAUCUGUAACCCUCUGCUUUAUACAGUGGUCAUGUCACAGAGGCUCUGUGCCUUGCUGGUGGCUGGGUCGUAUCUCUGGGGUAUGUUUGGCCCCUUGGUUCUUCUUUGCUAUGCUCUCCAUUUAGACUUUUCUGGUCAUAAUGUAAUCAACCACUUUUUCUGUGAAUACACUGCUCUCAUCGCUGUCUCAAGCUCCAAUACACACAUUCCCCACCUGCUGCUUUUUGGCUUCGCCACCUUCAAUGAGGUGAGUACGCUACUGAUCAUCCUCACUUCCUAUGUUUUUAUUUUUGUGACUGUACUAAAAAUCCGUUCUGCCAGCGGGCGUCGCAAAGCGUUCUCCACCUGUGCCUCCCACCUGACGGCCAUCACCAUCUUCCACGGGACCAUACUUUCCCUCUACUGUGUGCCCAACUCCAAAAACUCUCGGCAGACAGUCAAAGUCGCCUCUGUGUUUUACACAGUUGUCAACCCCAUGCUGAACCCUCUGAUCUAUAGCCUGAGGAAUAAAGAUGUGAAGGAUGCCUUUCGGAAAUUAAUAGAGGCAAAAGGCCCAUUUUACUGA